AAUUACACAUGCCAUGGCCCAUACACACACCCAAUCUAUAGGGCGUUAACUCGGGUGGAAAUCUCACACCAAUUCGUUCCUCAAGCCUGCAUAACGGCUGUGGUCGUGCCAUCGAAGGGUUAGUGUGAGAGACGGUUGUGACCGGAGAGGAGAGAGGGAUGUUGGAAUCGCUCCCUCAAGACGGUGGCAAGCUUGUCGUCGGCGAGAAUCCAUCUCCGGAGGAAGAAGCAGCGAAGAGGCCAUCGCAGCAGCGACGAGUCAUCAUAGCGGACCUGAACGUAGACCCGCCGGAGAGCGACGUAGAUUGCGCUCUCGCCACCAUCCCCCAAGCUGUUCCCAGGGACAACAAGGAUGAGAGUAGUACAGUACAAAGUACGGUGGUGAUAAAAGAUACUGAUAUGGGCGAUGGUGAAGAUAUCGACCAACAGUGUCAUGGAGUGUCUACGUUACGUGAAGAGAAAGUUAGUGGUCUCAAGGCUGGUUUGGUACACAUGGCAAGAAAGAUGCCAAAGAAUGCUCAUGCGCACUUUCUCCUUGGACUAAUGUACCAGAGGAUGGGCCAACUACAGAAGGCAAUUUUGGCAUUUGAAAAGUCAGCAGAAAUACUACAAAAGGAUGAAGAAGAAGUUCAAAGACCAGAUCUUCUGUCAUUAGUGCUGAUUCAUCAUGCACAGUGCUUUCUGCUUGCAAAUUCUGCUGAUAACUCUGAGAGAGAGUUCGAAAUGGAUGAAUUAGAGGAAAUCCUAAAGAAGUUAAAAUGUUCAAUUGAAUCUGAUACUAAACAGGCAGCUUUCUGGAAUAUGCUGGGACUGAUACUUCUCAGAACUGGUCGUCUGCAGAGUGCAAUAUCAGUUUUAUCAUCUCUUAUAACAAUUAUUCCAGAUUACUUGGAUGCCCUUGCAAAUCUAGGAAUUGCAUACCUCCAAAGUGGCAAUUUGAAACUUUCUGCAAAAUGCUUCCAAGAUCUCCUCCUGAAAGACCAAAAUCAUCCAGCUGCUCUGAUGAAUCAUGCAAUUCUGCUUUUGUGCAAAUAUGCUCCUGUUAUUCCUGGUCCAGGUGCCAAUGCAGGACAAGGGGCUUUUUUGCAACAAAUAGAAGCUGCAACUGUCGCAAAAGAGUGCUUAUUGGCAACGCUAAAAUCUGAUCUCCGAUCUGGAACAAUAUGGGUGAAUCUUGCAAAUGCAUACUAUGUACUGGGUGAUCAUAGGAGUGCCAAACAAUGCCUGGAGAAGGCAGGAACACUAGAGCCUAAUAACAUGUCUACUAGGUAUGCAAUAGCAACCCAUCGAAUCAAAGAUGCUCUAAGGUCACUGGCUUCCAGGGAGCAGCUUACUUGGGCAGCAAAUGAAAUGGCAUCAAUUCUGAAAGAAGGUGAUGCUGCAGUUACUGAUCUUCCUGUAGCUUGGGCAGGGUUGGCAAUGGCCUAUAAAGCUCAACAUGAAAUUGCAGCUGCAUUUUAUACUGAGCAGACAGACUUGGAUGAAGCAGAUGAGCUAGCCCUCUGCACAUUAAAACGGGCAAUUGAAGUGGAUGCUGAUGAUGCAGUGCAAUGGCAUCAACUUGGUUUAUACAGCCUAGGUAGCAUGCAGUUCAAUACAUCUGUAAAAUUCCUCAAGGCUGCAGUAGCUCGAUCCAGGGAAUGCAGCUAUGCAUGGUCCAACCUCGGUAUCGCGCUGCAAUUAUCUGAUGACCUUCCUACAGCUGAAUUAACAUACAAGAGAGCUCUCUCCCUUGCGACAAAUCAACAGGCACAUGCAAUCCUCUCUAACCUGGGAAAUCUUUACCGGAGACAGAAAAGGUUCAAGGAUGCCAAGGCAAUGUUUUCAAAGUCGUUGGAACUUUGCCCUGGAUAUGCCCCAGCAUACAACAAUCUAGGGCUUGUCCAUGUGGCUGAGUGUCUCUGGGAAGAAGCUAAAUCCUGCUUUGAAAAGGCUUUACAUUCUGACCCACUGCUUGAUUCUGCAAAGUCCAACAUGACAAAAACAGAUGCAAUGACCAAGCUCCAUGAGAAACGAUAAUCAAAUUGACAAGGUCUGGUGAUCUUUUUGACUUUAGAGAACACAGUGGAUCAGGAAUUGUUCUUAGGUACUAUAGGAACUUGCUGAACUUCUGUAUUUGAAUGUACAACCUAGCAAAAGCUGAAAGGGAUGCCUCUGCUUUAUCUUACCAUCGCCAAGUAGUUGUAUAUUUGUGAAUGAUACAAAUUGUACAUUCAGACCAUUGGUUUGCGAGCAUGACCACCUAGGGGCUUCCCUUCUACCAGGAAAUUUAAUUGUUAAGGUUACAUAUCUAGUACCCGAAGCUUUUCAAAUCAUUUUGGGAGAUGGCAAUAAUAAUUCUCAAGGUAUCAUCCAAGUUUCUAUGGACAAUUAAUUUGAGGGCUAUACAAGUGGUAACCCUGUACAUAUAUUUUGUACAUAUGUAGCAUAUAUAGCGCACCUGACUUUGUGUUUUACCUGGGGCAGCCUGUUUGUAGGUAAAUAGGCUCCUUGAACUGUUUAUGGCCCAGCCGCCUUCAGAUCAUCAUAGAAUGGCCAUUUCAAGGCCCAAGUUGUUUGAUUUGAGUUUGUCCUUGGUUGGUUUAUGGCUUAUUUUGAAUUAUUUGGGUUUGUUGUU